AUGUCUCAGUUAAACGCAGUUUUUAGAGCGAGAGCUUUGUUUAGAGUUGCUGCGUGGCCGGGGUUCAGUCAGCAGACGCGACCUGUGUCCGGGGCGUGUUUGCACACGUGCCAGACGUUUGACCUGCUUGCAACAGAGCACCUGUGGCGCCGAAGCUGCCUCGAUGUUGAAAACGCUUUCAAGGCGCACAUCAUACAGCGACGUUGGAAGAGGAGCAGCUCAAAACGAGCACCGGCAGUGACGUCAGCGGAGUCGACUGGCGACACGACCGACUGGGCACGCUGGCUCCACGAAGCAGAGGCGCAGGUGCGUUCUACACACACCGCGCUGCAGCGUGACCUGGACUCCAUACGCACUGGACGAGCAGACCCCGGGCUACUCGACUCGGUCAUCGUUGUGCUGUCAGACGGUUCGCGCGUGCCGCUACGGAAGCUGGCACAUGUCUCGCUCAGAGAUCCACGUACGCUGCAGGUGCUCGUCCAUGAUGCCUCGUGGGCGGGAAACUGCGAGAAAGCAAUCCGGAGCGCUGGUCUCGGCUUAAACCCGGUCGCUGGCACCGGCAAUGCAAGUCAUGCGCUCUUCGUGCCGGUACCGCCACCAUCAGUCGAUGCGCGCCGCCAAAUGAUCCGUCUCGCAUCACAGCGAGCAGAAGAAGCUCGAAAGGCUAUUCGUCUAGUUCGACGAGACCUACUUGAACAGAUUAAAUCACACGUUAUCCGCGAGGAUGAUCGCUUUGCGCUCAGAGAGAAGGUAGAAGUCGAGGUCCAGCGCUGGGUCAGAGCCGUCGAUCAAGUCCUCCAUGCCAAGGUUCGUGAACUCGAGCACCACUGA